UUUUUUUUUUCUCCUUUCCUUCUUCUUUUCUUAGUCCUACUUCUCAUUAGAGGUCCUCUUUUGCAAACUUUUUACAUUUUUUUUAAACACUGACAUCUGCAUCAUAUUUCUUUUUUUAUUAAAACAUUUCCUUCAUCUUGGUACAUCCCAUAUCAUACCACAUUGCAGUUGGGACGCUUCGAUACUAUUAUCAUCACUAUUUUUCUUCCUUACUAGUUAUCUACAUUACUACAUUAUCACCCAGGACUAUUCUGUCGAAAAGAAGAAAAAAAAAAUAACAUAAAAGCAUGUACUGGCGAUUCGGGCAUCAAAAUGCAUCUGUGAUUGACCAUCUACUUGAAAGUGGCAAUGUCUCGCUGGAAGAGCUGCUCGAACAAGAUGACUUGAUCCAAGAAUGCAAGGCACAAAAUUCAAAACUCAUUGAGUAUCUGCGUGAUCCUGUGGUGCUACAACAGCUACUGAGUUAUAUCACGAGCGAUGACUUGGAAGAUCGUGCACGGUUCAAAUAUCCCUUUAUUGCGUGCGAGGUGAUUGCAUGUGAAGUUUGGGGAAUCUUCGAGUCUGCAUUGUCCAAUCCAGAUAUGCUUGUCAAGUUUUGGGAAUUCUUGGAUCGACCUCCACCCUUGAACCCUGUGCAAGCCAGCUACUUCUCCAAGGUCAUUGGUGUAUUCUUGAUGAAAAGAACUAGCGAGAUGUUGCAAUUUAUAAAAUCGCAGCCAGAGGUUGUGCCCAAGUUGCUGUUGCAUAUGUCGACAUCUGCGAUCAUGGAUCUACUGCUUAAAAUCAUCAGCAUGGAGGAAUCACCAGAGGGCAAAGGAACUGUGCAGUGGCUGAGCGAGCAAGGACUGAUGCCAUGGCUUGUGAAUCGUCUGGAUCCAAAUUAUGACGCAGAAGUACAUUCGAUCGCUUCUCAAGUUUUACUCGACAUCAUCGCCAUCUCGCAGUCUUCACAUCCUGAGCAACCAUCAAUUGGGACGAACGUAUUGAUUGAUGAGCUGAAAAGUGAAGUACUUGUCUCUCAGCUCGUAAGCUUCAUGCUUGACAGGGACGCACCAUUCUCCUCUUCGACUCUUAUCAACGGCGUUACUAUAUUUAUUGAGCUUAUCCGCAGGAAUAAUAGUGAUUAUGAUGUUGAGCCCGCUCCUCCUGGUUCUACAGAGCCAGUACGUGAAGCAGUAGAUCUCAGUGAUUUACUCAAAGUGUUAGCAUCAAGAAUUGAGGAUUUUAAAAACCUUCUUAUAGUACCGCGAUCAGUUACAGGACCUAUUGAUACAGCUAUCGGGAAGCAAACGCCUCUUGGUUUUGAGCGCCUAAAAAUUUGUGAGAUGUUUGCAGAGUUGCUUCAUUGUUCCAAUAUGGCGGUGCUCAACUCUCGACCAAUCAUUACAGUUUCAACCGAUGGAACUGUCAGUGUUCCUACUGUCUCCAUGAUUGGCCUUCACCAUGACCAUACAGAAGACGAGACAAAGACAUCUGGAACCGGGAAUGGUGUAUUAAAGGGAGCGACAGACGAUGUACAACAUGCAAACAAGAAUCAGGCACAUUCUCCCAAAGCAGCUGAUCUACAGAACGGAGUUCUCACACCUACUGAAUCAAUAGGAGAUGAAGCUGAAUCUUCAGCUAUUCCUUUGCCUCUGCAAGCUUCAUCAUUCACUCUGAAGAGUCCCAUCAUUACUUCAAUUUGUACGUCAAAUCCUACAGGCGAGGAUGUGCUCAUCCCUGUCGGCGAUUUUUUGAAGCUGCAAUUCGUGGAUCAUCGAAUUAUUCCAACCUGCUUUGAUUUAUUUUUCCAAUUCCCAUGGAACAACUUCUUGCACACGGUUGUAUACGACAUGGUCCACCAGGUGUUCCAUCGACCCAUGGGUGACAUUGGAAGGCCUGAUAUCGACGGCACCUAUAUACCACCAAAGUCGGACCACGAUAUCACUGAAGGAUGGAAUAGGCGGCUGACGGUCUCGAUGUUCAGGGAUGGACAAUUGACAAAGCGCAUUACGGAUGCACAGCGACUCAAUGAUUAUGAGUGUGCGCAGCCAAAGGGCGUUCGUCUAGGAUAUAUGGGACAUUUGACAUAUAUUGCAGAUGAGACUGUAAAGUUACUUGAGCUUUACUCGCAGACAUCACUUUUAAACACGCUCUAUGAGUUUAUCGAUCUGGAAGAUUGGUGGAACUAUGUCUCGAAGAUUUUGAAAGAGACCAAAGAUCGUGAUGCACAAGUGUUAGGAGGUACACGGCCUAAUAUGACUGAGAGCCUAAAGCCUGGGAUGGAUGAUGGCAAUGAUGAUGAUUACUUGGACGAUAAUGACGAUGAAUAUGGUGCUGGUGGUGACUUUUUGGGCAGUGUCAGUGGAGCGGGCCAUGAAGGUGAUGUGGCUAGUGAUCAGUUUGCAAGAUAUUUGUGCCAACAAAUCACCAAUAACCUCCCAGAUAAGUUUGGCUCAUCUGAUGAAGAUGAGGACGAUGAAGAAAGCAAUUGGAUUGGCGAGUACGGAGCAGAGAAUGUGUUCGCAAAUAGACUUCCAACCGACUUUGAUAGUGAUGAUGAGGAUGGUGUUGAUGAGGAGACAUGGAACGAACCUUGGCAAAAUACCACUUUUAUUGGAGAGAAGUCUACAGAUGGGUUAGGAAUGAAUUCUUCCGCACAGCCAGGCGCAACAUUAACAAGCUCUAGUGAGUUACAAGAUGACUUUGGUGAAUUCAAGACAGCUGACGAUACCUAUUCUGCGGAAUCAACCAUUCAGGAUGAGGCUAAACCCGAAUCUGAGCACAAACAGGAUAAUGGGGCUUCUAACUCGGUUACUGUUCCUGCAACUGCGUCUUCCAACACUCCAUCUGACUUUGCACAUAACACCAGCGCCGCAGAUGUCACUUUGACUGAACCUCGUUCGAAAGCAUAUUCGGGUACCCAUGAACAUGAUGCCGUCAGAAAACAGAAGAAUGAGGGCGAAAUUGCAAUUCAUGUACCUGCAUCUAUAGUCUCAGUGCCACAAGCUCCAAACUCGAAUGACGAAAUGAUGGGAAAUGCAAUGACCUCUACUGCUACAGCAACCACAACAGAGGUGCCCGUGGCGCUUGCACCCGUAGUUCAAGAGACGCCUCUGGUAGAAACUCAGAAAGAGAACAUUCAGGAGAAGCAGCCCUCAUCACCUAACCUUUCCAUUGCAUCGGGCCAAAGCAGCAACAGCACGAACUCAAUAUCAUCAUUGACCGUUGAGCCACCUUCCUCAGUACAUUCAGUAUCAUCCUUGUCUUCCUUGCCAUCAGUACAGGAUAAAGAGCAAGCAUCAACUACGCCAAUGAAUAUAGAGAUCAUACCAUUGUCAGAUCCCAAUGAACCAAAGCUCCAUGCGACGACUGGUACAUCAACUUUCGAUAGCACCAUUAACAACUCCGACUCGAAUACCGUAAAGCAUGAUGCAGGGAUGACAGAUAUGACUAAAAGAGUCGGAGGAUUAGACUUGAAGCAAGGAUAGAGGAACUUCAACCUUCAGUAUUUUUUAUUCCUUUUUUCAUUUUUUCAUUUUCAUUUUAACAAGUGUAUUUGUGGUUUGAAUUGCUUUUUCGCUUCUUUUUUUUAUUUUUAUUUUUAUUUUCUUUCACUUUUACUUUUUCGCUUUGUAUUUUCGGUAGUCUUCUCACCCAUGAACUACUUUUCUUCUUUCUUCCUUUUCAAUCAACCAACCCAUUUGCAUUUUAUCAAGAGAGUUAAGCGGAAAACAUCUAGUUUAAUCAAAUACAUUCUCCUCAAAAGGAC